AUGAACGUCGAGACCGACUUACCACCACCUACCGUCUUGCUCGACGCAGAUAGACAGAGCUAUAUUGGUAAACCCAGCUCGAAGAAAGGGAAAUGGCAAAAAUUCGUUUCAUUCAUCUGGGAUUCUGAUUACUAUGAGAAAUCAGAUGCAGAACGAAAAUUGGUAUUCAAACUUGAUUGUUUCAUGUUGACAGCUAUGACUAUCGGUUGGUGGUUGAAGAACUUGGAUCAGAAUAAUCUGGCCAAUGCAUAUGUAUCGGGCAUGAAAGAAGAUCUCAAUAUCCAGGCAAAUCAAUAUACGUACAUGGGGACCAUCUACAAUGCCGUCGUAGCCGCCAUGCAAAUUCCGUCGAGUUUCAUCGUCAUGAAAGUUAGACCUUCAUUAUUCUUGGCUAUAUGUGAGAUCGGUUGGGGUGUCUUCACCUUCGCUCAAGCGGGUGCCAAGAGCUACCAGGCUAUGUAUGGUUUCCGAUUUUGUAUCGCUCUUUUCGAAUCCUUCUACUAUCCCAUCGGCUUCUUCAUCCUGGGAUCAUGGUAUACAAGACCGGAGUUAGCCAAACGGAUCGGUCUAUGGUUCAUCGCAGGUCCAGCAGGUUCUGCUUUUUCGGGUUUCCUUCAAGCUGCAAUCUACAAAAACCUCGACGGAGUCCUAGGACGUGCAGGCUGGUCAUGGUUAUAUAUUGUGUGCGGAGCGAUGACUGUCCCUUGCGGCUUUCUCCUGCUUUUUUUGGUUCCAGAUUUCCCCGAAAACACCAAAGUGUGGUAUUUGAGCGAUGAGGAGAAAGCUUUGGCCAAGGAGCGAGUGGCUAGGAAUGGUGCUCAACCGAUGAAAGGCAAGAUCAACGGGACGGUCAUCUUGUCCGCACUCAGGGACUGGAAAUUCUGGAUCAUAGUACCGUUCUACUGUAUUUACGGAUUCGCUGUCCAAAACGGUACCCAAUUCGGUGUAUACCUCAAGGCGUUCAAAUACUCUGUCACUUUGCGAAACGUUCUACCAUCAGCUAUGUAUAUAGUGCAAAUUCCCUGCAUUUUAAUCUACUGCUACAUAUCAGAUCGAACGACUAGGAUCCAGAGAGGUUGGAUCAUGUUGGGACCCUUAAUUUGGGGCAUUUUCCCAACGGCGGUACUUGCUUUCUGGGGUCAUUCGAAUUCUUUGCGGGUGUUCGCAUUUAUGGUCAACGGUUCCCUCUAUAUCACACCUGUAUUCUAUGCCUGGGUUGCUGAGAUGUGCGGACACAAGACGGAAUUUAGAGCCUUCAUUACUGGAUGUACCUCUUGUCUGUUCUAUGCCUUCAAUGCAUGGCUACCGGCAAUCGUUUUCUUACAAACCGACGGACCAAGGUUCAAAAAGGGUUUCAGGACCACUUUUUCAUGUUGUGUGGCCAGUGUGGUGUUCGUCAUCGUGAUCAUCUUGAUGCGAAGAAGGGAGCUUAGACAGGAGAACAACAAGAUGGUUGAUGAGACAUCUGUGCAGCAAGAUCAGAUCGACAGAGACAGAGAGGGCGACCUUGAAGAGAAGCUUUAG